CACUUCCUUUGUCUAAACCUAUUCCUACCUCUUUAGAAAAACCUUUUCAUGAAGGUGAUCCUAUUCAGGUAUGUUUAGAUUCUGCGACACAAGUUGCUUAUGAUGUUGAAUAUCGUUUAGUUACUUGGCAUCUUCAAUUGUCAAGGUGGAUGGUUUCUACACAAUAUUCAAACUGCACUCCCUUUGUGUCUGUACAAGAAAAAUCAUUCCAAUGGUGGUUUCAUGAAAGUUUACUGCAAAAUGUUUCUCUUCGAUCUAAUCAUAGACCUAGGAGAGAUGUACUUGCGACUGGCUUGGGAGCAUAUGGUAGUAUGAUUGGCUCUACUGCACAAAUAAAUUCUGAAAUAUUAAGAUAUAAAUUAGCAAAUCUUGCCUCUCAUGCAGCUACAGGCUUAGAUACUUAAUAUGGAAUUAACAAUAAUAUUGCUAAUCUCCAGCAACAUCAAACUUAUGUUAUGGUGGAUAUUACAAAUAUUAUUAAAAAUAAAUUUAAUGUUUUAGUAAAUGAAUUAUAUAAUUUUACACAUGAGACAGCCUGGGCUAUGUUAUGCUCUCAAGUACAAUCUGAUCUAUCUACUGACUUAAAGAUUCAACUUCAGAGUUUAUGGUCUGGAAAGUGGCCAGCUUCUUUAAGUUUAGCUGCAUCAAAGUCAGUCACUAAUUUUGCCAUGACACAUCUUUUAUGGUGGGAAGUAAUUUUAUCUGACUGCACCACUGAAUUUUGUAUGAUUCAUACAUUAAUUCCUUGGUCUGGUAAAGAUACUAUUAUUUAUCGCUUAGCGACAAUUGGUCUUCCUGCUAAUGGUUCAUUACUGUUUCCAGUAUUGUCACAUCAACGGGUGUCACAUAACAUUGAUGAAUCAAAAUGGACACUUGUUGAUGUAUCAUUGUGUCAUUCCAAUGCAAAUUCGUUUAUCUGUUCCCUUUCACAAUUCCAUACAACCAAUGAAACAUGUUGGGAAAAUAAAAAGUCUUGUACCUUACAAAGUCAUUUUAAUGUACUUAGACCGGUAUUUUAUUUAGGAUCUGACAGAGUUUGUUUUCAUUUAUUUAAUUCUGAUACUAUUAUAUUCCAAACACAGGAUAAUGUAUUUGCUAGUUCUCAUUUAUUACCUGGUACCUGGUGUAAUACUAUUCCACUUAAAUAUAUUGCAUCAUCUAAUUGGAAUUUUACCAUGCCCCAAACUCUUAAUAUUACUUUAAAUUUAACAUGGGACCAUGUUAUGAAUUUUUCUGUUUAUAAUUUACCUUUGGGUAUGGGAUCACAAAUGAAAAAAUGGUUAACUGAUUCUACUAUAAUUUCUUCUUUGUUACAAAAUUUAAAACAUAUUUCUGUAGAUACUAAAAUUACAGUUGAACAUGAACAAGGAAUUUUAAAAUCAGCCACUUCUAGUAUUUUACAGGAUGCAAAUAUAUCUUGGUGGGAAUCUGUAUUUGGAUAUAGAUACUCCUAUCUCUCUCUUUUCUUGGUGUCUGGAUGGAAUUCUUUUGAUUUGCACUUGGGCUCUUCUGAAUUGAUCUGCCUGACUACUACUGGACAUGCUGAGGCCUUGUGACAAGUUUACCUAUGGUUGCUGCAAUCGUUACCUGCAACUAACUGUGUCGUCUACUUGUUUCACCCUAUGGUUCUUCCUUGGCCUUUUCAGUGGUUAUAUACACUAUUGUUCCUGUUUGUAAGCACUAUGAAGAUUACACAUGUUGUAUUUCUUGAUGGAACUGCUCCUACAGACUUUAUUGCUUUCAAUUCUGCAACAAAUGUAUCUUACUACUAAGGUAGUUAUGAACUGAACUUUCUCUGCAAUGACGCUGCUAUGGAUCUGAUUCCUUCAAUCAAGACUUGAACAUCUUUACCUAUGAACUAUGUAAUUAUUGGAACAUUCUUUAUUGUAGUGUAUGACGUCAAAUCCACUGUCUAUUGUUUGAAAUAUGUCUGGUAUAUGUCUGGUAGUUUCUUCUGUGUUGGCCCUUAGUGUUUAAUCAUUGGGAUUGUGUCUGACAAAAAGAAAAGAAA